AUGAAGACAGUUAUUAUUAUUUUUGUUUUUUGUCUCAUGUUUUCAUAUGCAUCUGCACAAGGUUGCAGUGCUAAUCCAUGCCAAUUAGGUGAUUAUUUCAAUGAGAUAAAUGGUUAUCGUUGUAUCGAUUUGGGUGGUGAUAGCGUUACAUGUACAUGUCCUGGUAGUGCAUACGAGAUUAAUCAACCUUGUCGUCUUUGUGACAACGCAGACCCCUCAAAAGAUGCAUGCAGAAAUCUCAAUGGAAAGCUGAUCAAGUGUCUUGAAAAUACUGACUGUGGAACAUCCUAUGCAUGUCUUUGCACAGCUAACAACACAGAUGGUUUCGCGCUAACAACAGACGCUGAUUGUGAUACAACAGUUCCAUUGACAUGCUCGUCAACAACAACAACAACAACAACAACAACAAUAACAACUCCUUCAGGUCCAUCACCAUGCUUAAAUGGUGGUACUUACGACGGCAGUAUUUGUCAAUGUCCACCUAGUACUUGGGGAGAUUAUUGUGAAUUAAAUGGCACUUUGGGUUUUUGUUCGGCAAGGCACUGUUCAAAUGGAGGAUUUUGUAGAGAAAAUAUUAUUAAUACAACGGUUUUUGUUUAUUGUCAAUGUCAACCGGGUUAUAGGGGUACUAAAUGCGAGACGAAUUAUUUUACUUGUUCCACUGUUGGUAAUUUUUCCAAUACCGAUAUGCAUGAGCAAGGAAAAUAUUUUGAAUGUAAAAUGAUAGCUGGAUUAUUACGCAUCGAACGAAAAUCAUGUCCCAAACGACUUCGCUUCGAUCAAGUCUCAAAUGUUUGUAUGUAA